AGGACAAAAAAUCUGGCAAUAACCUCAUUCCACACUAUACUAUACAAUUUGAUAGUUGCUACGCCAUUUUGGAUUGGAUUUAUUUGUUGAUUAAUAGAAGACUAUCAUAAACAUAAGAUGGGCCGCAAGAAGAAGAAGCAGAUGAAACCCUGGUGUUGGUAUUGCAACAGAGAAUUUGACGAUGAAAAAAUACUUAUUCAACAUCAAAAGGCAAAACACUUUAAAUGUCAUAUUUGUUAUAAAAAAUUGUACACAGGUCCUGGCUUGGCCAUUCAUUGCAUGCAGGUUCAUAAGGAAAAGAUUGACAAAGUGCCAAACAGUCUUCCAGGGAGAAACAACACAGAAAUAGAAAUAUAUGGCAUGGAAGGUAUUCCAGAAGAAGAUGUUAAAGCACAUGAAAAAAACAAGAACAAAAAAUUAGCAGAAACAAACAGUGAGCUAGACUCAGGUGAUGACAGCAACAGUAACCCUCCAACCUCGAUGAGUGCUACGCCAAUGAUGAAUGGCAUGCCUAUGGCAUCUAUACCACAGCCUAUGCCAUUUGCACCAGGCAUGCCAUCAAUGCCAAACCCAAUGAUGCCUGGCCCCAUGGGAGGUCCUAUGAUGAAUCCCAUGGGAGGAAUGCCUGGACCAAUGAUGGGAGGACCUAUGGGUGGAAUGGCACCUAUGGGCCCCAUGGGGAUGGGUGGACCUAUGAUGAGGCCUGGUAUGAAUAAUAUGGGGCCAAUGAAUAAUAUGAAUGGAAUGAACAUGCAGCGGCCGCCAAUGCCAAAUCCCAACAGACCCUUGUUUCCAGCUGCAGCUCAGUCAUCAACUUCUGCAUCCUCUUCCUCAAUGGGAACAGUUCGACCAACAUUCCCAGCAGCAGCAACAGUAGUGUCUGGUUCCAGUAACUCUGCCACUAUUACUGGAGCACCAACUAUAAAAAAACCAGAAUCCACCUCAGGUUUGACUUCUAAGUUAGUCCACCCUGAUGAGGAUAUCUCACUGGAAGAACUGCGAGCUAACAUGCCCAAGUAUCUAAAGUCUGUUCCAAUGGCAGAUUCAAAUAUUGCUGGAAGUCCAAUAGCAGGUUCACCAUUGGCUUCAGGUGGUCCCAUGCCACCUGGUCCGAUGGGGGGCAUGAACAUGGGUAUGAAUAUGGGCAUGGGAGGCCCUAAUAUGAUGCCAGGUAUGAUGGGUGGCCCGAGGCCCAAUAUGAUGCAAGGUGGACCAAUGAUGAGAGGUCCACCUGGAAAUAUGAACAUGGGUGGAAUGGGUAUGGGGGGACCUCGUGGGCCCAUGGGAGGCAACAUGAUGGGGAUGAGGCCUGGCAUGGGUUUUGGAGGACCUGCUAACAUGCCUCCUAGCCGGCAGUUCAACUGAGACAUCUUGUUUUUAAGUAGGUUUUUUUUUAAUAAGUAAGUUUGGAGAUGAGAAGCACUCGGCAAGUUGACAAGAUACACUGCUCUGUAGGAAAUGUCCAGGUUUUUUGUUUCUGUUGGAAGGCUCAUGUUUCUGUAGCUACCACUAUAGAUGCUAUUAACUAUAUUGUUGAGAUGUUCUAGACUAUUGUGUGAAGUUGGUCAUGUUUAUGCUUAUAUUAAAUUGUACCUGAAUGACAAGUAAGUGAACAUAGUUUUGUUAGCAUGGAAAUCUCUAGCAGAUGCAUUUUUUUUUCCAUGUUAUUGAUAGACUAUUAUGUUUUUUUCUGGUAGGUUUGUUGUACAACUGAAACACGUUGUUUUGUACAUCCCUAUUGUAUUCAUUUCUACCUCUUAAAACUGCUUAAGUAUUACUAAAGAACCUUGAAGUUAAAAUUAAUUGUGCUCUUGGGCUAAAAAAUUAAGGCAAGUAAUUUUGUUUUAGAAAUAAUAAUAAUAUACAAAAUUUAGAUUUUGUCAAGUCCCAACUAGUGAGAAGGAAAUUUUAAAUAAUUAUAAUUAAUGAAUUAUUUAGCUUUGUAAUAGUUGUUUCAGUUAUAAUAAUAUAAAUGAUUUGGAAUUCAUUGAAGAACUCCGCACAACUACUAACAAGUCUUCAGCCCAUGUCACAUUCAUGAGGUUAGUUAUGUGUCAUAUAUUGGACAGUUUACUUGUCACGCUCUAUUGGAUUGUCACAUAUUUUGUCAAAAAUAAGGCAAGUUGUCACAGCGCGGUGCUGUUGGGUCUCUAGACCCCCAACCAACACCGUUAACCAACAGUUUAAUCUUGGUUUCUGUGUAUCUGCCAGAUAUAAUUCUCUUGUGAAAUUUUGUAUCUUGUGAAAUUUUCUGGGACAUAGAUAUGUUUAUCUUUCAUAUGAGAUCAACCAGUUCUUUGGUUAUAGUGGAACUCUCAAUAUGGUUUUCGGUGCGCUGGUUGGUGACAAGUACUUCUUCGUAAAUUUUAUAACUUUUGUCUUGUUCCAGGAACUUGUGUCAGAAAUAAGGCAAGUGUGUCACAGCAGGUAGCCUUGCUGUUGGGCAUUUAGAGCCCCCACACUAAGUGGCGACACAAACUAGUAUUCUGGUCUUAGUAUUUUCUUUUAGUGAUAGAAUUCUUAGUUGGCUUGUCAGUGUCACAGCAAUCUGCUGUUGGGCUUCAGCCCCCACAUAAUAUAUAUGUCGGUGACACAGAAUAUUCCUGAACAUAAUGCAAGUGCUCACAUAAAACAAAGAAUGACUUUUUCCUAUAUUGCAACAGAGUGACUAGUGCAUAGUGAAAUGGUUGAAGGUUGUUGGGAGAGUCUCAAACACAAUUGGUGAGUACCACUGGCGGUAGGUGGUCUCAGCAUUUUUAUUUUUUUUGCUCUGCGCCUGAUUUUACUAAUGGGUUUACUUUUAAAAAAAAACAUGCAUCUAAAUAGUAAAGAACCCUUUGAUUUGUGGUAUGUAUGUGUAAGAAGUAUACUUGGCUGAAUAACCAUCAGAAAACAAUCAUGCAGUUCAUUGUGUAACAUUUUGUGUGUGUGUGUGCGGUUGCUCUGAGUUCUGUUGUUAUGAAUAUUUUUUAUAAUGAAAUAAACUGAUUUUUUUUUAAUUGUAACAAC